AUGAACAAGGACGACCUUCCUCCGCGUUCGACGCCGACUCACGCGCUUUACCAGCGUGAAAUCUUCCUCGAUGGCGCCACGAAGGGCAAGCUACCCGAGUUCAACACAGACCCGGACGAGAUGGAGAACGUCGCGAAGGAGACGCUGAGCAAGGGAGGAUGGCUGUACGCAAGCUCGAACGCCGGAGUAUCCUGGACGCACAGGGCUAAUCGCGAAGCGUUCUAUCGCUGGCGGAUAAUCCCUCGGAUGCUCGUUGACACCAACCAGCGAGACAUGUCAUGCACGCUCAAGCUUGGCCAGUACGAGUGGAAGUUUGACGCUCCGCUUGGCUUCGCGCCAAUCGGGAUCAACAAGAUCUACCACCCUCUGGGAGAGUUCAACGCUGCGAAAGUGGCGGGCGAGCUGAAUCUUGCGUACGCCCUCUCGACCGCCGGAUCUCAGCCCAUCUCCGAAGUCGCGCGCGUGAACGACGAAGGUUUCUCACGAGCCGGUCGCUCGAGAGCUCACGGCGCCCAGAAUGGCCGAUUCUUCCAGCUGUACUGGCCGCCAAACGACGAGCUCACGAUCUCGCUUCUCCGCGACGCUCACCAGAACGGCUACUCGGCUUGCAUCCUUACCCUCGACACUUGGCAGCUCGCCUGGCGUCACGGAGAUAUUUCGGCUGCCAACUACGCCUUCUACCGCGGUAUCGGGCACGAUCUCGGCAAAGCCAACCCGGUCUUCCAGCGCAUGUGCCGAGAGAAAGGCAUCACGGACCUCAACGCUCCUGAAGCGGGACAGUACUGGAUCGACUUGGUUUGGCACGGUCGACCUUGGAGCUGGGAGCAGCUUCCGUGGGUGAUCAAGCAGUGGAAGGAGAUUAGCGGAGGCAAGCCAUUCGUGCUGAAGGGCAUCCAGUCGGUUGCGGACGCAAAACGUGCCGCAGAGACAGAGGGAGUCGACGGCAUUGUGGUCUCGAACCACGCCGGUCGGCAGGUCGAUGGCGCUAUUGCCUCCCUCGACGCGCUCAAGUCGAUCAUCGAUGCUGGCGUCGGUGAGAAGAUCACUGUCAUGUUCGACUCCGGCAUUCGCUCGGCUGCCGACAUCUUCAAGGCACUUGCGCUCGGCGCAAAGUUCGUCUUCUGCGGGCGGCCCUGGGUCUACGGGAUGUCCAUUAAUGGCGAGGCUGGCGUUCGGCAUGUCAUGCGCGGCCUCCUGGCGGAGUUCGACAUUCUCCUCGAGGUUGCGGGCUAUCGAAACCUCGACGAGAUCGACCGAGAUGCGCUCGUAUAUGUGCCGGAGGCGACGCUGCCUGCGAAGCUGUAG